CCUCCAGUCCAGUUCUGAAAGGAGCCUUCAGUCUCAGCAAGCCUCCAGGUGCAAGCAACCUCCAGUCCAGGCCAGCAGGAUGCAUCAGCUCUGCUUCUCUGCAGCUCUCUUUGCCCUCCUUGCCACCUUAGUAGCCACUAACCAAGGGCAUGAGACAACGCUUUCUUGCCCAGUCUCCCGGCCUGCCUUCUGCCUGGAGCGUUCCUUCAUGGGUCCCUGCAGGAUUCUGUUGAUCAGAUACUACUACAAUGCCCACUCUGGACGCUGUGAAGCCUUCGGAUAUGGUGGCUGCAGAGAAAAGCAGAACAACUUCGAGACCAAGGAAGAGUGCAUGAGGGUCUGUGGGCAGAGUUCUGAGGUGCGAGCUAUCACUGAGUAUGCAAGGAGAAAAGGAUCAGGGAAACCAGGGGUGUGCCCCCAGCUCCCGGUGGACCGGAACUGCACGAAGAUCGACAAGUGCCAGGCAGACGGCGACUGCGCGGAGAACCUCAAGUGCUGCCAGGGCGACUGUGGCCGCGUCUGCUCGCCACCCAAUGAAAAACCAGGUAUUUGCCCCAGUGUGGACUUACCCCAGCUUGGCAUCUGUGAGGACCAGUGCCAACAGGACAGCCAGUGUAAUGGCGUGAUGAAAUGUUGCCGCAAUGGCUGUGGAAAGGUAUCCUGCGUCACACCCAACUUCUCAGCUCCACCACCACUCGCCUGAAGAACAGCGAAAGGAAAUUUCUGCUUAGCCUUGCAUCUGGCUCCAUCACAGCUGCCCUCCUUUCUUUCUGGAUCCUGCAUUCUGUCCUGAGCUGACCACAGAUUUUCCCUUUCCCAACCAAUAAAGUGACAGCUUUCAGCACUG